AUGAGUAAAUCUGAAACAUUGGAACUAUUAAGUGCCGUGUUUCCUAACAUAUCGAAAGAUGAACUACGAACAAAGUUGGAGACUUUUGAAAAAACGGAGAAUCAUAAAGUACUUAAUGUAGAUAAGUUAAUAGAAACUUUAUUGGUUGAGAUUGAAACGUUGGAAUUGCAACAACAAGUAAAAGAUCAAACUGAUUGGGAAGAGUAUGUUCAGGCGAGUACGAGUACGAGUAUGAAUGCAAAUUCAUCAAAUAACAUUGGCAAUAAUGAUGAUAAUAAUGGUCAUAAUGGUACUAAGCAUUAUUACUAUUCAUCUAAUUCUUUAAAACUUAUUGAAAUGUUUCCUAAUCAUGAUGUAGACCAACUUGAACGGGCAUUAAUUGAUAGUAAAGAUGAUUUUGAUGGGGCUAUUGCUCUUAUUCUUAAUGAUCAUGAAUUAACCAAUGAUAAUAUAGAAGUAGAUAAUGAUUCAAUAGGGAAUAGAGAUAUUCAAGCUGAUAAGGAUGAUUGGCAUAUAUUUGAUAGUCAACUUGAAAAAUUAGCAAAAUUAGUACAACUCCCUAAACUGGCAGUAACGAAAUCAUUCUAUGCGACUAAUGGGAACAUUGCCAAAUGUUUAAUUGAUAUGGUGCAUAAUUAUCAGGCGCAAGUGGAAAAAGAAAAGCGUGAGCGUAAAGACGGAAAAGAGCAUGAUUGGAUUGACGUUAAGAGUCGACCAGUUAGAGGUGGUCGAGUUCAACGAGGAGGAGGAGGAGGUAGACGUCGAGGACAUCAUCGAGAAGAUGUCUCAGAUCAUAAGGAAGAAAGUUCAAAACUAGUACCAAAAGAGACGGUUGAUGUAGAGCUUAUAGAGGAAGUAUCGGCCAAUCUUUGCAAUAAUCCAAGCUUCAAAUCAAUGCAAAGAUCAUUCAUAUAUUCUACUGUUGAGUUAGUUAAGGGUGAUUUUGAAAAAGCAAUUAAGAUUCUUACAUUAAUUCAUGAAGAUAAUGGAAUGGAUCAAUUAACUAGUUGUGUUAGAUUAAAGUUUAAUUUAUCACCUUAUAAGAGUACAUUACCAAAUCAAUCAGAAGCUGAAAAGAAGAAGGAUUUAGAUGAUAAUAUUGAAUUAGGACUUGUAACUGUUCAACCACGACUUAAUCAAAUUACACAACAUCUUGAUCUUGAUUUACAUAGAUUAAGUAUACAAGAAGCAAAAGCAGUAAGUCGAAUUCAAUUAGAGAAGUGGUGGGAUACCGAAUUACAAAUGCGGAUUGAUCAUGGUCAAUUUAAUAAAUAUGGUAAUCGAGUUGAAUUUGUUCAUGAAUUGAAUAUAAUUACAGGUCGAGGAAAUCAUAGUGAUCAAGGAAUUAGUGUAGUAAAGAAUAGUGUAGGGAAAUUAUUAGUUAAUGAUAAUUAUAUUUAUGAAGAGAGGUUAGGAAGUUAUAUUGUUAUGGGAAAGAGGUUAAAUGCUAUAGAGGGAUAA